UCUUUAUAUAACCUCAAAUCUAAAAAUUUCAAGUAUCGGGCGAGAGGAGAAAUAGUUUAAUUUUUUGUGUAAAUAUAUAUUCACUGAAAACUUGACAAAAAGCUUUAACCAUAUAUAUCAGCUAUGUCCGACUUCGAGAAUCUAACCGACAAUGAUAAAGAGCUGCAGGAGUUUCUUAUGAUUGAGAAGCAGAAGGCACAGGUCAAUGCACAGAUACAUGAGUUCAAUGAGAUCUGCUGGGAGAAAUGCAUUGGUAAGCCGAGCACCAAACUGGACCAUGCCACAGAGACGUGUCUCAGCAAUUGCGUCGACCGAUUCAUCGACACAUCGCUGCUGAUAACACAGCGCUUCGCACAGAUGCUGCAGAAGCAGAGCUCMGGCGGCAUGUAGGCGACUGACUGACUAGUCACAGUACCGUUGUAGAGUACAUUUCAUGUUGCAGCCAACAGCCAACAGCAAAAACCACAACAACAACAACAGAAGCCGCAUCAGCAUACACUUUUGUGAGCCCAACCUGAGCUGGAAUUGCAAACUAUUUGUUUUUGUGCUUUACACACACACACACACACACAUAUACACACUCGUUACCAACUAAAUAAUUUUGAAAAUUACUUUGUAAGAAGUUUGAUGUGCGAUUCUCUCUGGACAAUGCGGUGCAAAAUUUUUAUUCUGUCGUUCACCGUUCGUAUUGCUAGCGACAAAACUUCCAAAUUCUAAAACACUAAGAAACCCAAAAAAGAAGCAAACAAGACAAGACAAGCAGAAGAAUUAACUAUGUACAUAUGAAAAAUGUACAAUUUUAUUUAUUUUUUCUUUGUUGAAAAGUUUAGUGUUUGCUAAGUAAAAAAAAAAUAAUAAUAAUAAACAUUAUGACAAUGUUAGUUAGUUA